AUGGCGGAUGUCGCGGCUAACACGCAAACCUCCUCCUCCUCCUCCUCCUCCCUCCCUUCCAAUCUCCCUCUCAUCUCCGCCUUCCUCUCCUUCGCCCUCGCACAGUUCCUCAAGAUCUUCACCACCUGGUGCGUUCCUCGGUCUCUUACACUUUCACCAACGCGUAAUGUUUUUCUCUCUUUCCCCUUUGCGCUGUUAAUUCAAACACAAUUAUCUGCCUUACCGCCGUUGUUUUCCUUUUCGUUAGAUCAGACCGCUACAAUAAGAAAAGCGCGCGUGUAUAAAGAAAAGAGAUGGGAUUCUAAAAGGUUGCUUGAUUCGGGUGGUAUGCCUUCGUCACAUUCUGCAACAGUGUCGGCUCUGGCCGUUGCUAUAGGUCUGCAAGAAGGCGCAGGGUCAUCUGCUUUUGCUGUAGCCGUGGUCUUGGCAUGUAUUGUUAUGUAUGAUGCGUCAGGAGUUAGACUUCAUGCAGGUCGGCAAGCAGAAUUGCUUAAUCAAAUAGUGUGCGAACUACCUCCUGAACAUCCUUUGUCUAAUGUCAGGCCUCUGCGUGAUUCACUUGGUCAUACUCCACUUCAGGUUGUUGCCGGUUGCAUAUUGGGAUGCAUUAUAGCAUUUUUUAUGAGAAAAUCAAAUUAA